AUGCCGCCUCAGGACGAUCAGGCUCCUCCCGUGCCGCCCAGAAGAGCCGGGACCUGCUCCAUCUCGCUGCCCGAGCGGAGGCUGAAGUGCGUGCUGGUGGGAGACGGAGCGGUGGGCAAAACCAGCCUGAUAGUGAGCUACACCACCAACGGAUACCCAUCAGAGUACAUCCCCACUGCUAUAGACCACUUCUCAGCGAGGGUUGCGGUGGAUGGAAGACCAGUACAACUUCAGCUCUGUGACAUGGCAGGACAGGUGGAGUUCGAGCGCCUCCGUCCACUCUGUUACCACGAUGCUGACGUCUUCCUGCUCUGCUAUAGCAUCAUCCUGCCGGCCUCCUUCCGUAGUGUGGCAGAGCAGUGGGCCCCGGAAGUCCACCGGCUGUGCCCUGGGGUCCCUGUUAUCCUCGUAGGGACACAGUCAGAUCUACGUGAAGAUGUGCAGGUGCUGAUACACCUGGCGGAGGAACAAGAGCGGCCAGUUAGCGAGGAAGAUGCUCGGCUGUGUGCUCAGACCAUCGGGGCGGUGGCCUACGUAGAGUGUUCAGCGCUAACACAGAAAAACUUGAAAGAGGUGUUCGACACGGCCAUCGUAGCCAGCCUGCAGCAUGUGGAGGAGGUGCAGGAGGAGGGCCUGAGGGCCCGGCACAUGCUGCGGGAGAAGGCGCCAGACAAAAUCAAACAGCUCUCAGUGACCUGGUGGAGAAAGCUCAGCUGUUUCAUGUGAGGGGAUGUUUGAAUCUUUGAAUACAGGGGCACACAAGGAGCAUUUCCACCAAGCAUCUGGAACCUUUUGAAAAACCAAAGAGUUCUAGAACCAGAAGCUCCGGAGGUUCCUGAACAUUUUGAGGAACCAACAGGUUCCGGAACUACAGGUACCUUUCCACCAAAUUCUGUAACCUUUUUAGAAACCAAAGACUUCUAGAACCAAACGCUUUCCAACUGAAGUUCCAGAACCUUUUGUAGAACCAAAAGGUUCCAGAACCACAGGAGCUUUUU